GUGAAGCCUAGAUUGCGCGUGGGCUGUGCUGUGGGGAUCACCGCGGCCCCGGUGCAGUUUGCCCUGGCUGGGGACCUCUUUUUGGUCGAAGAUGACCACCUCUCUGCACAGCCGAAAAUUGGCGGCUCGAGCAUUGCCAUCGAGCGACUCGGGGGGGUUGCCAUGAGUGCGCCUCCGGGCGCGCCGGCACCAGGCUGUGGCAUGCCAAUGGGAGGCCCAAUGGGCAUGCCCGGCAUGCCUGGAAUGGCAGGUGCCAUGAUGCCAUUGGGGCAAUCCCAGCCAGGUGGUACAGGUGCUAGUGGUUCCACAGCACCUGCCUGUUGUGGUGGAUGCCCAUCCAUGCCAUCGAUGCCUGGCAUGGGUGCCAUGCCAUCCAUGGGUGCAAUGCCCGGCAUGCCCGGCAUGGGAAUGAUGCCUGGAAUGAUGCCAGGCAUGAACCCCAUGAUGAUGAUGGCCAUGAUGCAGCAGAUGGCGGCGAAAAUGGGCGGUGCCAUGCCCACAGCUGCCGCUGCCGGCGGUGCUGCGGCCUCUGCGGCCUCUGAAAAGAGGAAGGAAGCGGAGCCAGCACUAGGACUCCUGGACGACGACAUUGAUCCGCAAGUCCAAGAGCUUUGCGACUACUUCAACAUCGAGGAUCGGUGGGUGAAGCGCUUGAACGAGACCAUGCGAAAGCGUCAAGAGACCAAGCAAGAGGAUAUUGACAAGCUCUACGAGGUCUUGGAGAGAGCUCGCAGCCCCACCGGUCUCCUAACAGUGAAAAUCGGUGAGAUGGAGCUGCUUGGCGAGACGUUGGGGAGAUCUCACUUUAUUUGCGGGUGGGUCAAGCUGGGGGAUAUCAGGGAUAUCUCUAAAACAAGGUAUCUACUUUUUUCCCAAAAGCAUCUCCGAUGCUUGGGUUCUCGUUUAGUUGCACUCGCCGCGGGGGAGCGAGACUGAGUGGUCGACGGAGAUGUGUUGGAUGGAAGGAAGGA